UCAAUUUUUAUUUUAUUUUUAAUAACUAAAUUUAGUCAUUUUUAUAUUUUUCUUUUUAAUAUUUUAAUUUUUAAAAUUUUCGGAAGGUCAUCCCAUUCCCAUCCCACGACCCCUUCUUAUCUCUUUACAAUUUACUCUUUAUUUUCUCUCUCACUCCAAACAAAACCAAACAAAGCAUAUUCUCUCUCUCUCUCUAUCUUCUUCGCUAACCCUAACUAUUCUCUUCCAAGUGUAGGUUCGCCAUGAAAGGUGGAAAAUCUAAGGCUGCUCCCAGGAGAACUGAUACCAAGCUGAAAAGCAAGAGCGCUGGAGCUGGUAAGAAGGCUGGAAAGGCUGGAAAGGAUCCUAACAAGCCGAAGAGGCCUGCCAGUGCUUUCUUCGUUUUCAUGGAGGAAUUUAGAGAAAAAUACAAGAAGGAACAUCCUAACAACAAAUCCGUUUCCGCUGUCGGUAAAGCUGGUGGUGAGAAAUGGAAAUCAUUGACUGAAGCUGAGAAAGCUCCAUUUGUUUCAAGAGCUGAGAAGAGGAAAGUUGAGUACAACAAAAACAUGGUAGCUUACAACAAGAAGCUGGCUGAUGGAGAUACUGGAGCAGACGAAGAAGAGUCUGACAAGUCAAAGUCAGAAGUGAAUGAUGAUGAGGAUGAGGAGGACGAGAGUGGAGAUGUAAGAGCAGUUGAUGAUAAUACUCUAUUACCUCGUCUGUUUGACUGCAUUUUUGACUCUUUAUGUUUUGACUUUGUGUUUAUUUUUGUUUCAUAGGAUGAUGAUGAUGACGAGUAGAGAUUUGGAGGAGACUUGGUACUGAGUUUUGAGCCAUAACACAAGAUGAAGUUGUGUAGCAUUGCUUAGAACCCAGCCCCAAAAAAUAUUAUAAUGAAUGACGAUCAUGAUUAUGAUGAUGAUGACUCUUCUUCAUUUAAGAUUUUUCUCUGCUGAUGAUAAAUAGCUACUACUUUUUUUAGGUUAGAAUUUAGGAACAAAAAAACCCCAAACAAGGAAUUUAAUCAGCUUCCAGCUUUGUCUGCCUGAUUGAUUCCCCAUAUGGUUUCUGUACUUAAUUCUCCGUUUUAUGUUUAAUCAUUCAGUUAGUGUGCGUCUUUUAUAUUCUAA